AUGAAGUACUCCGCCCCUCUCGCCCUCGUAUGCCUCGCUGCUGGCGCGUUCGCCGGGCCUGUCGUCGAACGCGACAUCAAGAUCGUCACCGGAGUUUUGACCAAGGUCCAGGCCGACAUUGACGCUCUGGUCACCACCGUCAAGGCCUUCAAGGGUGACGUGGGAGGCGUAAUUUCAAAGGCCGAGUCGCUCGUUGCCACCAUCAACUCCGGCACCACACUUGUCCAAGGCUCUCCCAACCUGGAGCUCGCCGAGGCCCUCCAGUUGUUGCCCGCCGUUGAAAGCCUGCGGGACCACGGGGGUAUUCUCUCCAAGGAGCUCGUGGCCAGACGCUCGGUGGUCCAAGCCGCAGGGCAGUGCGGCCGGACGCGGACUCAGAUCGACCAUAUCGUUUCGUCCAGCAGCCAGCUCGUCGCCGCCUUCGUAUCCAAGAUUCCGCAGGCGGCCCAGGAUAUCGCCCAUCGCAAGGCAUCAGAGAUCACCCAGGUUUUGCAGCAGGCCCAGGACGACUUUACGCCGGGCAAGUGCUAA